ACGCUUCCUUUCAGUCUCCGGUUCUCUGUUAUCGUUGAAACAUUUCAAAUAUCACAAUUUAGUCGCGCAGCGCUACGGUAACAUCAAUAAGUGUCUAAAUAGAAUCCAUGAACUUCAAAAGGUGCAGGUGGUCCGGUCGGGUACUCACGCAGGGACCUCGGUAUCGAUUCGUAGACGUACACAGAGCUGAUGCUUUAUAGCAGUCACGCCAGUGCGUAGUCGAACCACACAAUAUGGCACAAGUCCUCGAUUCUGGGUCGGUUGUUGUAGCCGACUGGCACCGAAGUGCAGAUAGCAAGGAGUUCUUCAGCAGGAUUCUACACAAGAAAAGACGUAGAAACUUUGGUCUUCUGGAGGCUCCAGUGAUGCCCCCAAAUGUGGCUGUGGACACUGUUCACUAUAAGAUUUUCAUAACAGGAAAGAGUGGGGUGGGGAAGACUGCUCUUGCUGCACGUCUAGCUGGAUUGAAUAUUCCUAACAUGCACUAUGAAACUACAGGUAUUGAGACCACAGUGGUGUAUUGGCCCGUGAAGUUGAGGGAGAGCGGUCGUGUUCUGUUUUUCCGCUUGCAGCUAUGGGAUUGUGGAGAGAACGCCUUACGCCGAUUUGACCACUUGCUUCCGUCCUGUAAGGAACAGGUGGAUGCCAUCCUCUUCCUCUUCUCCUUUACUGACCGAGCCUCCUUCGAUGAUCUGUCCAAUCAGAUCGCCAGAGGGUCUGAACCUUGCGACAGAGUUGUGAAAUUGGUUGUUGGCACCAAAUUUGACCUGUUCAUGCACACAGACGUGACGGAGAGAGAGGUGUCUCGGUUCCAGGAGGUCUGGGGGUUGCCUGUGUUCCGUAUGGGGGGUGACGUCAGCAACGUCAGUAACCUGGGUGAGGUAGCUCCCCUACUGAACUGCCUGGCAGAGCACCUGUGGCACCAGGACUGUGUGGCUGCCAGGUCUACCAUCCUCCCAGUCUCCACACAGUCAGAGGCUGCUACUGUGGUACAUGUAGGAAAUCAAUAGGUUGAGACACCACUGCUGUGGGACACUCAACAGAGCUGUCCUGGAUUACCUUCUCACAUAGGACUGUGGAGAAACAGAAACUGCAUCUGAGUUUUUUGGUUCUUUGAACAACAUGUUUUUGUAGAAAACGAGUUCUGUCUGAAUGAAUAUGAUAGACUUAAUUUAUAUUGAACUGAGGGCAGGAAUAAAGUCUCAAAAUAUAA